GUCGGAAUUGCCGCCCCCACAGCAGCUGAGAGAGACGAAAGGGAACAGCAGGCGAAGAGAAGGAGAGGAGCCGCUGGGGGUCGGCGGCGAGGCUUUUUCGCAGGACAAGAAAUGAGAGAAAAGCGUUUCGUUUUCCUGAGCAACGUUGGUCCCCACUUGGGGAGUUUUCAGCAGAGGAAAAGAACGAAAGUGGAAGGAAAAAGAACCAAAAAGAACCGCACGCGCAAGGAGACAAUCCGAUCCCGCCGUUGAAAAAAGAAGAGAGGCCGUGAAGAGGAGACGCUGUCGAGGAAAAGCGAGAAAAGGCUGUCUCGAUUCCUCCCGUGUGUUGUUAAUGCAAUCCGGACUCCAUUCCGGCGCCGUUCAGAACGCACCAAAGCACACAGCGAGACGGAGAAAGAGGAAAAGAACUUGAAAUUGAAGAGUCUACAUCUUCGCAGUCUUUCCAGACGUUUUGCGAGAGAGGCAGAGUUCCGUCGCGUUUCUUCCCCGCCUCCCUUGCAUCUCCGAGAAACGAAGAAUCAACCUCUCUUCCACUACUCUUUUUUUCGCGUUUAACAUGGGGGAUUUCAAGAAAAGACAACUGAGUAUAAAGGGCAGGGCGUGUGGAGACAGAUGCCACCGGCAUCAGCUGUCAAGGAAAAAUUUUCACCUUGCAUGUCUGGAUCUCGGAAACAAAAGGGGGCAAAGGACAGCGAAAAGCGGGCGCUCUUCCUUUCUCUUCGUUUCUCGACUUUUUCCUUCUUUUCUCUGUCUUGCGCGGUUUAUCUAGGUUCUCUCUCGUCUUGUGAAUGCUGCUUUUGAAUUCGUUUCCAUUCUUCUCCACUAAUCAUCGCCGAGUCUCGUUUUUUCGCUUCUUCGUUCACUUUUCUCGCUGUCUUCCUGCCGUCCGGGAAGAACAGUAUCUCUUUCGUUUAACGUUCCUUUUCCUUCACCUUCUCUCCUUUUCCUUCGCUUUUCUAUGUCCGACACCGCAACUCCCUUUGUCGCGCCGGGCUCCUCGACUCACACUCGACAAUGAUAGAUGCGAUUUGCGCCUUCUCGCGAGGUGGGGUGGUUCUCUGGAGUUUCUGCUUUGCCAAGGUGCCAAGUUCGCCUUUCGAUCACCUUAUCAAAAAUGUCCUCCUGGAGGAGCGUUCCGGAAGCUGCAGCGCUACCUUGUCUCCCUAUACGCUUCAAUGGAAAUUUCUGAACAAUCUGGAAAUCGUCUUCGUCGUCAUUUACCGCGGCAUCGCGCAACUCGCCUUCUUGGAUGCUCUUCUGGACCACACAGCGCUGGCCUUUGUGAAGCACAUGGACGGGAAGAACGCGCUGGACUUCGUUGCGAGUCCGCCAAGCACAAGCUUCGACGAAGUAUUUGUGAAGCUCUUCACUUGUCUGCACCAGCAACAGAAAGAGAAAAAGAUGCAGGUGAAGGCCGGUGGGCGGUCUGGCGGCUACAAGGCGAAGAAGAAAGGCGGCGCAGAUGGAGAGGACGACGAGGAAGGAGAAGGCGAUGACGCUCGCGGAAAGAAGUCGUCGAGGAGGCCGAUGGUGCCUUGGUGCUCCAAUCAACGAGUCACCAAGAAAAACAUGGAUGCUCUGGACUUCAGCAAGAAGUCACCCCACGGCGAGCUGCCGAACGGAGACGACGCCGUGGCGAGGAUGGAACGAGCAACUUACGGUGCCGACGAAGCUCUGGAGGAGUCCGAGGACGAAGAGGAGCUGCUGGAAGUGGAGAUGAACGAAGAAGCUGCAGCCGCGUCGGGAUGGUUUCGAAGCCUCACGUCGAAACUGCAGAGCUUCACAGGCAACAAGCUGCUCACAAACGCCGACAUCGCUGAGGUGCUCCCGGCCUUCCGCGCGCAUCUCGCCGAAAAGAAUGUGGCGGAAGAGGUGAUCGACCUCCUUCUCCACUCUGUGCAGUCUCGUCUGAAGGGGACGCGAACCGCCUCCUUCACAUCUGUUCACCAGACAGUCCGCAUGGCGAUGCGCGACGCCAUCGUCAAAAUCUUGACUCCGAAAAAGACCGUGGACGUUCUGCGCUUGGCUCUAGAGGCGAAGGCUGAAGGUCGAGUUUUUUCAAUUGUCUUCUUGGGUGUCAACGGAGUUGGAAAAUCUACCAAUCUGGCCAAGGUCGCGUACUACCUCAAGCACAAAGGCAAUCUCGACGUAUUAAUCGCCGCAUGCGACACCUUCCGUGCUGGAGCUGUGGAGCAGCUGCGGACGCAUUCGAGGUGUCUCCAGGUUCCGCUCUUCGAGAGAGGCUACGGAAAAGAUGCCGCGGCGAUCGCUCGCGAGGCCCUGGCGACGGCGCGUCAAGAAGGCAGAGAUGUUGUCCUCAUUGACACUGCCGGGCGCAUGCAGGACAACGAGCCUCUCAUGCGCUCUCUCGCGAAGCUGGUUGCGAUGAACAGUCCCGACAUGAUUCUGUUUGUUGGCGAGGCUCUGGUCGGAAACGACGCCGUCGACCAGCUGAAGAAAUUCAAUCAAGCUCUCGUAGACCUCACUGCUCUCGGUGGUCGUCCUCCCCGUACCGUCGACGGCAUCAUUCUCACCAAGUUCGACACAGUCGACGAUAAGGUGGGCGCAGCGUUGUCAAUGGUAUACAUCACGGGUCAGCCUGUCGUCUUUGUCGGAACGGGCCAGAAGUAUCCGAACUUGAAGAAACUGAAUCCGACGAUGGUCGUCAAGGCGUUGCUGGACUGAACUUCGUUGGAAAGUUGAAAUGUUUAGUGUGGAUUUACGGUGAGAGUUUUGGGAGCAAGCCCCGUUCAGAGGCGUGACGAGAUUGAAAGGAAACCCACGGCUCCAACAUGAGCACACUUCGGACAAGCACAACUGUCCAAGUGUCGUGUGCGUUUCGUGUAUAUAUGAGUUAUGUCAGUUGUCCGGAGACACUCGAUGCUUCCGUCCAGGGUGGACCUGAUGCCGGCUUCUCGUAUCCACUUUUUCGUCUGUUUGCCCCCCUAAUUUUCUUGUUUUCUACGGCACUUUUUAAAUGAGGCGAUCCAAUGUCGUGCUCGCCUCUUUGUUUUCUUCUGACCCUCCGCUGAAACUUUGGUGGCACACUGCUCACGGAAUGUUAAAAGCGCGUGCAGUGCGUGGUGGCAACCGUAUCGUAUCUCGUACAUCGACCGACACAGCAAAUAUGUGCGACUAUGUGCAUUUCCUUAGCUUUUCGGAUUUCCUUAAUGCUAAUUAGGGAGUUGUGUGCACACGCGGGUCUUCCGGGUAUGCCGCAGAGGCAUUUUUCUAUCUAUGCGUUGUCCGUGCCCGUAGUCAGUUGUUUCUACGAAACAGUUGAAGAGGGAUGUUCGAGACGCUCUCGUAGGUGGGUGGUCGUAUCACACAGGUGCGGCGGGAGCGAGAGAGAGUUCUUCGGAACCGCUUUCUGGGUUUGUCUUUCCCUUCACGUUCUGUUUUUCUCGAUCAAAGGCAUGUUAAACAUCGCGCCUUUGCGUGUUGUUCUCGUGGGGAAACGAACGAGUGUGUUCUCUCCGAAAACGACGGACACCUGCUUCCACAUCUUAUGGCUUGCCCAGAAAAAGA